UUUAAAUCUCAGGGCACACCUCCAAACAAAAAUGUCAAAUAGUGCAAUAUACUGAAAUAUGUGGUGGUCCUGUAGCACCAUUUCAUUUUUCUGCCUUGUCACACAAUAUGUCACUGGCAAAGAUAGAUGAACAAAGAUAUACGUUUUGUUGUAAAUAAAUACGGCAACAAGUUUAGGACCAGUUAAGUGAAAUUAUAUACACCUGAUGAGCUCUUCGGACCCCGGCACAGGGGUUGGUAAUCACUGAUCUGUUCAACUAGGCCUGGUACACACAAGGAUUUUUCAAAUUCCCAAAGAUUUCUUAUUUGUUAAGUGUGGACUGGGCCGAACACAGAACAGGGUCGAUGGACAGUGCCACCAGAAAGUAUUCACACCCCUUGAUGUUUUCCACAUUUUGCUAUGUUACAGACUUAUUCUAAAGCUGAUUUGAGUGUAGUUUUCCUUAAAAAAAAUCGACAUAAAAUAUACCGUAAUCCUCCCAUGCAUUCUCUGUACCGCUUUUCCCCACCGGGGUUGCGGGUGUGCUGGAGCCUGUCCCAGCUGACUCUGGGCGAGUGGCGGGGUAUACCCAGAACCGGUCGCCAGCCAAUCGCAGGGCACGUGGAAACAAACAACCAUUCGCACUCACAUUCACACCUACGGGCAAUUUAGAGUCUUCAAUUAACCCACAACGCAUGUUUUUGGGAUGUGGGCGGAAACCGGAGUACCCGGCAAGCGUCACAUCUGGAGAAGAAGAGGCACUGCUCAUCACCUGGCGAGCACCAUCCCUACUGUGAAGCAUGGUGGUGGUAGAUCAUGCUGUGGGGCUGUUUUUCUGCAGCAUAAACUGGGCGACUAGUCUGCAUAGAGGCUAAGAUGACAGCUGCCAAAUAUGGAGAGAGUUUUCAAGAGAGCUUGCUCCAGAGCGCUCUGGAACUCAGACUAGGGCGUCGAUUCACCUGACACGACAAUGACCCAAAGCGUACAGCAAAGAUAACAAAGGAGUGGCUUCAGGAGCAACCUGUGAAUGUCCUCGAGUGGCCCAGCCAGAGCCAGGACUCGAAUCCGAUCGAACAUCUCUGAAAAGACCGAAACAUGGCUGUCCCCCGACGCUACCCAUCCAACCUUGACUGAGCUUGAGAGGAUCUGCAGAGAAGAAUGGGAGAAAAUGCCCCAAAACAGGUGUGCCAAGCUCACAGAAAGAUACCCAAGAAGACUUGAGACCGUGAUUGCUGCCAAAGCCCUUAAGCAAGAUAUAGCAAGGAAGCACAAAGAAGCCCUGCUGUCAUGCAAGUCUCACAACCUGGCACUCCUCAAAACAAAUCAGCUCGGUGAACAAGAGGCACUGGAAAUUCGUGUGCGGGAGGAACAAAGAAUGAUGGAUAAGAAGAUUGUGUCUGAGAUUGAUCAAAAAGUCACAGACCAACAGAAUACUCUGGAGAAGGCUGGAGUUCCUGGCUUUUACAUCACCGCAAAUCCCCAGGAGCUGACAAUGCAGAUGAACCUGCUGGAGUUGAUCCUGAAGCUUCAACAGAAGGAGUCCCAGUCUGGAUUUAUAUGACAAUGACCUCAAAUGUUACUUGGAAAUACAUGAAUUUGAAGUUUGUUAAUGUUGCAAGGUGCAUGAACACGUGAAUCGUGGCUGUCCCUGAAAUCAGAUUUUUUUUUCCACCCACAUGCAGUGUCAUGGGUUCUUCAUGGGAACCUUUGGCUUUGGAGAAACCAAAUCCAUUAAGAUCCAGAAAACAUCUGAGCUAAACAAAAGGAAAUAGACUUAAAUCUGGAUAUGUGUUUUUUAGAUUUGAGAUGAGUGGGACGGUGCCUGUUUUGUUCUAUUUUGAUCUGAUUUGAUUGUGUAUUUAUUACAACAAUAAUUGAGACGCACUGCACUUUUUGAGUACUAUUUCUUUGUUGUGGAUGUAGUCAUUUCAUUAAAAAAAUUUUUUUUAGGCUUUGGUGGAGAUGGGACCAACUUGAAGAAAUAUUCUUGAUAACGUGAAAACUUUUUCUCUUCUGCAUACAAAUAAUUCGAACGAGAUUAUUUUUGAACAUUAAAUCUUUAUUUGCAAUACAACA